UGCCGACGAGCCCGUGCAGGAUUCGUUGAUACUGAAAAGAACCCGUGCCUCUUUUCCCAAAUCAUCAAAAUUUCCGGAGAGGCAAGGGUCGAGAACACCUCGUCCUGCAGCAUCACGCAAGCGAGGACACCCGGCGGCCGUCCUCGACCGUAAGCACGCAUCAAGUGUCAGCUUGAGGCUGAAAAGACUCCUUCUUACACGAUUCAUUGUCUUCAGCAAGUCUUCAACAGCCUAAAGAUGCCUCCACGAAACGAAGGCAUUCUCGACAGCCACGAGUGGGAUGAAGUUAAGCCUACCUGGUGCGACAAGUCCAAAUGGCUCGCAGAUGAAAGCGACUGGAAGCCUGCUUCCCUCGUACGAAUCAGGCGGCCAUCUCGACUGAAUAUCUCCAGCCUGAGCACCUUCUUCUGGCCCAUCAAAGACACCAAGAAUCCAGAGAAGCUGCGGCCCACAGCAUACCUCGACGGCCUACGAGGUUUCGCUGCCUUCUUGGUGUACUGGCACCACAAUCAACUAUGGGCUCAUGAACCUCACGUUCAAAACAGAAUCUUUGAAAACGCCUUUGGAUACGAAAAUAAAUAUCACUUCAUUGCCUUUCCCGGCAUCCGCCACUUAUUCACUGGAGGCCACUUCUCAGUAUCAGUCUUCUUCGUCAUAUCCGGCUAUGUUCUCUCAGCUAAACCUCUGAGCUUGAUCCAGUCCGGAGACCACGGAAAAUUCGCAGAGAAUGUCGGCUCGGCGUUAUUCAGGCGAUGGCUGAGACUUUAUCUCCCAUUGGCGGCAACAACUUUCUCUUACAUGACAUUCCUCCACAUGUUCAAUAUCUGGGUCGACAAUAUCGAACGUGCGCCAACUUGGAGAGAUGACGUCUGGCUCUAUUAUUGCGAGCUGAAGAACUUUAGCUUCGUCUUCACCACCGGAGGCGGUCCUUUCUUCAGUUGGAAUCCGCACCUUUGGUCCAUCCCUGUCGAGAUGAAGGGCUCAGUCAUCGUCUACACGUCGCUGCUCGCAUUUUCCAGGUGCACCAGAAACGCUCGACUCUGGUGCGAGGCUGGUCUGGCUUUUUACUUCAUGUACAUUGCCGAUGGAUGGUACGGAGCCAUGUUCGUCAUGGGCAUGAUGCUCUGCGAUCUCGACCUUCUAGCGAAGAAAAACGACCUCCCCAACUUCUUCAAGAGGCUGGAACCCGCCAAAAUAUUCAUUUACUACCACCUCUUCGCCGUCUCAAUGUAUCUCGGCGGUGUCCCGUCUUACACCGGAGACGUCAUGAAGAUGCGAGACAACCGCGGGUGGUACUAUUUAUCUUUUCUCAAGCCUCAAGCCGUCUUCGACUACAAGUGGUUUUACCUUUUCUGGGCAGCCGCAAUGCUGGUAUCUGCGGUCCCCCGAAUCUGGUGGCUUAAGAGAUUCUUCGAGACUCGCUUCUGUCAGUAUCUAGGGCGAAUCUCCUUUGCGCUCUACUUGGUCCACGGACCAGUCCUGGGGACUCUGGGCGAUCGACUCUACACAGCCGUUGGGUAUCACAAAGAGACAGAACGACAACAUCUCGCGCACCUGGUCGACAGGUUUCCGUUACCCAAAAUUGGGCCCCUCGGCUUGGAACCGGCCUUCCUUAUUCCUCAUGUGAUACUUCUGCCGGUCACUCUUUGGAUCGCUGAGGUUGUCACGAGGUUCAUUGACGAGCCUAGUGUGAGAAUUGCUCAAUGGCUCUACAGGAAAACACUGCCAACAGCGCCAGCAAAGGCUUGA